AUGGCCGCAAUAGGAGUACACUUUGGAUACACAUGUGCCUGUGUUGCAGUAUUUAAGGAUGGGCGAGCGGACGUAGUGGCCAAUGAUGCAGGAGACAGAGUUACUCCAGCAGUCGUGGCGUUUAGGGACACUGAGCAGAUUGUAGGCAUUGCUGCGAAACAGGGCAGAAUACGAAAUGCUGCCAACACUGUAGUGAAAGUGAAGCAGAUUCUGGGCAGACGCUUUGAUGAUCCAGAGGCCCAGGCACACAAAACAGAGAGCAAAUGCAUGGUUGUCAACAAAGGUGACAUGCCCAGGUAUGAGAUUGACACUGGAGACGCUACCAAGUAUGUGUCACCUGAAGAAGUAGCUACACUAGUCUUCCAUAAAAUGAAAGAGACCGCCCAGUCAGCUUUAGGGUCUGAUGUAAAAGACGCCGUCAUCACCGUGCCUUUUGAGUUUGGAGAGAUGCAGAAAAACGCCCUGAGGCAUGCAGCAGAAUGUGCAGGGUUUAAUGUUCUCAGGCUGAUCCACGAACCCUCAGCGGCUCUGCUUGCCUAUGGCAUUGGUCAGGACACGCCCUCUGGGAAGAGUCACGUGUUAGUGUACAAACUUGGGGGAACAUCACUCAGUGUCACUGUCCUGGAGGUGAACAGCGGAAUGUACCGGGUUCUUGCUACACACACUGACCACAGCAACGGUGGAGAGAAUUUUACACAUGCUCUGGCACAGCAUCUUGCUGCUGAGUUCAAAAAAUCCUUUAAACACGACGUGACAGGAAACCCCAGAGCAAUGAUGAAGCUGAUGAACAGUGCAGACCUGGCCAAACACACACUCUCCACAUUGGGUAGUGCCAACUGUUUUGUGGACUCCCUCUAUGAUGGGAUGGACUUUGAGUGUAACGUCUCCAGGGCUCGCUUUGAGCUAAUAUGCUCCUCCCUCUUCAGUAAGAGCAUCCAGCCAAUCAAAAGCCUCCUGGACCAAGUCAACCUCUCGACUACAGACGUCAACAAGGUGGUGCUUUCUGGCGGCUCGGCCCGUAUUCCAAAGCUGCAGCAGAUGAUCCGGGAUCUGUUCCCUGACGUGGAGCUGCUCAAUUCCAUCCCUCCUGAUGAGGUCAUCCCGGUUGGAGCUGCCCUGGAGGCUGGCAUUCUGGUGGGCAGAGAAACCCUGGCACUGGAUGAGGACUCAAUUACUGUGGAGUGCUGUGCCAAUGACAUCCUGGUCAAGGAGGUUGAUGAUUCUGGGGCAGAUGUGUUCACUGUUCUGUUUCCAUCCGGUACACCACUCCCUGCCCGCCGCCAACACACUUUGCAUGGUCCUGGCAGCCUGGCAUCAGUGUGCCUGGAGCUAUACCAGGAAAAGCAACGCCUGGCACUGAACUCAAACUGCAUAUUCUGUCCUCCACAGAUUGUUCUCCGAGACCUGGAGCCCAAAGAAGAGAACCAUGAUAUUGUUACUGUGGUUACUAUGAAAAGGGAUGGUUCACUACAUGUUACCUGCACGGAGCAGGGGAGUGGCAGGUCGGAAGCCGUUACCAUAGCAGCAGCGGCGGCAGCAUCUUAGAUAACCUGAGUAAUAGUUGCUUACCAUGGUGAUUUUUAUCUUGUAACCCCCAACAACUGUGGUCUUUUGGACUUGGGGCCAUUCCGGCUCCUAGACUA